UAAUAUUAAUAACGGUAAACAAGAAAGCGAGAAGAUCAAGAAAGAGGAAAGCGAGUUUUCUUAGGGAGAGGGGGAGAAGAGAUGACUGAAAUCCAUAGCUGGAGCUCGUUUCGGUUCUUUGUUUUGCUCUCUUCGAUUUCCCUGCAAUUCAUUUCAGGCCUGGCUGAUGAUCCUGCCAAUCAAAAAAAUGAUACAAAAGCUGAAACCCAUGCUUCAUCUAGUAGCAGCACUGGGCUCAGAGUACUGGGCAUAUGCAUUGGAGUUGUGGCUGUUGUAACCUUAUCUGUAUUCCUGUUUAAGCUAUGGCAGAAGAAGAAGAGAGAAGAACAGCAUGCGCGCCUUUUGAGGUUAUUUGAAGAGGAUGAUGAGCUUGAGCUUGAGCUUGGCCUUCGGGAUUGAAGCAUGUUCUUAUUCAUACUAUGACUGUAAUUUUGUCGAGGUUUACUGGCCACUCAAUAUUGGGAUGCAUCUUCCUUUGAUGAUUUGGAGUUGAUUUUGUGAUUCCUCAGAGGAGCAGGAGUUUCUAUGAUAAGGCACUCAAAUGCUUCUCAUUUCAACUUUGUAGUUAUUGUAAUGAUAUGUUUUAGAACAAGAAGAUUUUCCUGGUAAGAAAAUUCAUCUCAUUUUGUUGGACAGAGGUCAUGAUGUAUAGAAUUUUUGCACAUUGUUUUAUAGAUUGUCUAUUUUGCAGUUAAA